CGUGGCCAGACAGCGCAGAUGCUCAGUUUCUUCAGCGCAGUUUAUUCUCCGUCUCCGCAGCUGUUCAAGUGUCUAUACCUGCUUACACUUGCAUGCAGCAUUAAAUGCACCGUUUUUAAGCGUUCCUGCUUUUCUGCAGACUGCAUAUCAAAUCUCAGUCGAUGUCGUCUGCUCCAGGGUGGUGGACCAUGGGCUUGUUCUUCGGUGCUGAAAAAAAGACAACAAAGCAGUAACACCAUCAUCAUUGUGUCUUGGAUAAAUCUGGAUUUCCCACUUGGAUACACUGAAGCCUGAGACAAUAACAGAUUCAUUGUUUGAUGUAAAUCACAUGAUGCCUCCAUCAAGGCCAUAUAGCCAAUCCAUAAGGGCUCCUCUGCCCUUUAGAGCUUAUACUGGUUCCAGUGUCUUCUGUACAGCAGAAAAUGUCACAGAGUGCAUGCAAUUCAUCGAUAAGGAGCUAUCAUCUCUGGGUUUGCCAUCGAUCUUCUAUGACUCAAAUAGAAAUCAAGAACUUGAUAUCAUUCUGACUCUAAAUAACAUGUAUGAUCUUCUGCAGCUCCAUCACUUUGCUUUGGAAAAUGUGGAUGAACAUGAAAUGGCUCGGCUUAAGGACCAGCUUGAACUUUCCAAGAAAGAAAAUGGCAAAUUAUGUCAACGAGAACAGCAGUUAGAAAAUAAUAUAAAGGCUUUACAAAGAUGUUUGAAAAAUGAAAAAAAGGAGGUUCAAAAGCUUCAGAACAUCAUUGCAAGCCGUGCCACACAGUACAACCACAGUAUGAAGAGGAAAGAAAGAGAGUUCAGCAGGCUUAAAGAGCACCUCAAUCAGUUACUUACUGACAAGAAGGACAUGAAACAGAGGAUGGAGAUGUUGAAUUAUGUUGAGAGGUCUGAUGACAGUCAGAGGAGAACUGGAAGAACAGAUGCAAGUCAUGAAAGUGAAGUGUGCAGGACUCUUCUGAACGAGUUUGAUAAACGCCAGCGGGAGCUGAUGCUGGAAAAUUUUGAGUUGAAAAAAGUGCUCCAGCAGAUGAAACAGGAAAUGGUGGUCAUGUUAAGUCCAAAGAACUACAUCCAAAGACAGGAGAAAUACUCUGAAUUUACAGAUCAGCAAUUAGCUGAUGAAGAAGAGACUUCAUUUAAUGGGACUUUAGAGAUGUCAUGUGAGCGUGCUCGUGAGAAGCUGACCAACAGCAUUCGGCAGCAGUGGAGAAAACUGAAACAUCAUAUGGAAAGCCUUGAUAACAAAGCAUUUGUUUUGCAGUUAGGAAAGGGGGUCAGUGAGGAGAUGAUUUCUAAGCAGGUCCAUCAGGAAGAAACAGAGAAACUCAAAAUGGAGAUCCAGCAAUGCAUGGACUUUAUUCAAACUCAGCAGCAGCUCCUGCAGCAACAGCUAAACACUCAGUGUGAUGAGGAGACUGCAGCUGUCCUGAAUGACUGUUACAUGUUGGAAGAGAAGGAACGCUUGAAAGAGGAAUGGAGGACUUUUGAGGAGCAGAGGAAGACCUUUGAAAUGGAGAGGAGGAGUUUCACAGAGGCAGCCAUUAGAUUGGGGCAUGAGAGGAAAAUGUUCGAGGAAGAUCGUGCAACCUGGCUAAAACAUCAAUUUUUGAACAUGACGUUCACUGAACAUAUGAGAUCACAUAAUGUCAUAUCAGAAUAUUCUGGUCAAGAACAGAAACACAUAUCGGCUCCCAAAACACCACUCUAGCACUGUGAAUAAAAGGCUAGUGAGGUCAUCCUGUGGGAUGUACAGACUGCACAGAAGAAUGAACAAGAGCGUACAUAUAGAGCGAUUAUAGGGUGUUAUUUAUCGGAUUUGUGCGGCACUGGCAAAGAUGGCUUACGAUUUGCAUAAAGUGUCAUGCUUUGCUAUGGUUUUGGUAAGGUAUGAUUUUUGAUGCAGUAUCAUAAGAGAAGCUGCAUAAACAAACUUGUUCAUUUACUGUUUUCAAUGCACCACAGUUCUACAUCAUAAAAGAAAUAGUUUGCAUUUAAGUGAUUUGGUCACAUUGUACAACAUGUGCAUUUAAUGCUUAAGUACCAAGCAGUAACUUGCGUAUCUUGUUCAGUGCAUACUGUUUACAUGUUAUUAACUGACUAUUAAUAUAAUUUUACAGGCUCUUUGAUGGCUAGGAACUGCCAUAUGAAACAGUAAGAGAGAGACACUGCUGUAAGCAUAUAUCACUUAAAAUCACUCAUUUUCCUGUUGUAUCAUUAAUAGGUAUUAUUUUGCGAUAUAAGUUUCAGAAUUCACAAAAUUUAAUUAUUUAAGCUUUAAACUAAUUCAUAUUUUUGUGUGUUUAAGGUGUAUUUUAAUGUCUAUAGUUAUCUCUAUAUUUAUUAGCUGGAAUUUCACUGAUAUUAAGUUCCUUGAAAAGUCUAGAGUGCAGUUCCAAUGAAAAGUUUAAGAAAUAAUAAAGAAUGUGGAUA